UUUGUCCCCCCAUCUGUCAUCUCCCUCUCUUUCUUUAAUUAACCCCUUCUUCUUUCUCUCUCCUACCCUUCAAUCUCUCUUUAUAAGCACCCCACUAUCUCACUUCCGCUCAAUCAAAACACACCCACAAACACAAACAACCAAAAACAACAAAAAAUGGAUGAUUACAGGUGGAAUUACCAUGUACCUGCAUUUGGAAGCUGGGAUUAUGACGAUGAAAACAUGGGAUAUACACAGUGUUUCGAGGGUGCAAGACAAGCUGGUUUUGCAAGGUUUGCAGCAACAGGUUACCCAGAUUCUGCUGCUGAUGUUGAAGACAGAGAUUUGUAUGUUGCUGGUGAUUUGUACCAGAAUGAUGUUCUUACUCCUACUGUCAUCGUUGUUCCUCGUCGCAGGAGAAAAGGAGGAUCAGGAUACACAAAUGUCAAAGGUGUAAAAAAACAGCAACAAAAAAUGGAAAAAGAAGAAUGGGGUGGAUAUUCAUAUGACAUAAAGGAGCCACCAAGUCCAAUUAUCUCUCCACCAAAGCCAAAGCCAAAGCCAAAAUCUAAGGCUGUUGAUGAAGAUUUGUACAAAAUUCCUCCUGAAUACCUCCAUGUCAAACCCAAAAGGAAGAAAGGAUUCGGGCUAUUUUCAAGUUGUUUGCUUCCCGCUUGUGCUUAAUCUUUCGCAUUAGAUAUAAUUAUGGUUUAUUUAUCGAUAUAGUAGUAGUUGUAGACUUGUAGUAGUGUUACAAGCCUAUGGAAUUGGAAGAGAAAUUUUAGUAUUUCGGCGAAAUAUUAUCAUGAGAAUUAAGUAUGUUGGUAUUGAGCUAAUGAGGAAUUAAUUGUGUAAGAGAGGCGAUAUUAUUUCGAAUAUUUCCCCAUAAUUAUAGAUGGGAGUAAUAUUUUUCUUCCAAUUAGGCUAUUUGUAAAAAGAAAAAAAGUUGUUGAAGAAAUUGAUAUUUAUUUAAUGGGUUUGUAUGAGUUAGGCAAAUUAAUUCAAAUUUAUGGAAUGGGUUGUAAUAUUUUCCUUUCAA